UUCAGAAACAGCUAGGCUUCCAAACUCCAGUGACGUUAAUGCCGGGACAGCCAUGGCACCCAGGAGCUCCAAACCUCGUCACAAGUCAGCGAUUCUUCCGGGCACAGCUGACACUGAUGUGACGUUACCAGACGGCAUCACCUGCAUCUGUGAGCUGUGUGACUGUGGGCGACACAAGCACCACAAGGGAUGCAAGAAAGUUCGAGGCACAGGCAUACAGGGAAAGCUGGGCGAAUGCUCGCUUACGCACUACCAGGAGACCUUCAAACAUCACAAAGUUCGGCCGCGCAUGUCCAGACGCCCCCCGCCCACCGCACGUGACCCCCGACCGGCGCGCAUGGACUUCAUGACCAUCCAGAAGAACGACUACCAGCUGCCGGGGGUCACAGGUCGGGUCGGACUCAUCAAGCAGGAAGACAACUAUGAAUUACCCAACAUGCCCUUGGAGGGGAUGACAGAAUACAGGAAGGAGUUCUUGGAGAAGUCUUCGUCCCCCACCCACCUGACCCGCCCGGUCACCACCCACCAGCCCACCCGACACAAGCUGGACUCCCGCACAGCCAACCGAGACUUCUUCAAACCCUGGGUGCCGCAGCCUCGCUUCCAGUUUGGAGAACUGCCAACAUUCACAGGAUCCAUCCUGUACCCGAACCCCUCUGACUCCAAGAACCACCUGAGGUCUGUCACCAUGGCCGACUUCCCAGAGAAGCUGGGCGGCAAAACGGAGCUGGUGAAGUCCAAACCAGACAACAUCCUGCUGGAGGGGAGCCACGACCUGGAGACCACCAACAUGAAGACGUACCGCGGGCACAAGCACGCCGCGCCGGCCACUCGGGCACCCGCACGCGACCAGGAGAUGGUCAUUCCCAGGAGAGGUGAUAAGAACAUGCAGACCAAGUAUCAGUUUGACUUCAAGGGUAAGCGUCAGCCCCGCACCAAGAUGUGCACCCCCGCCCCUGAGACCAUCAGGCUGAGCAUGCAGUCCCGCAUGCGCAACUUCGAGACGGAGCAGAUGGGGUCUUUCCCGGGUUACGAUGCCCGCGUGCACCCACGACCCGACCUUAUAAGGAAGGAACAGGAGUACCAGACAGACCCAAACCUGCCGUUUGAAGGGACUACCAUCACCAUGCAGGACUUCCGCACGCAGGACGUCCAGGGUGCGUACAACGCCCCAGCCCUCCAACCACAGCCCAGCCUGAGACCCACCAACGCCAAGCUGGACGGCACCACCAUGAACAACGAGUUCUUCAAAGACUGGGGCACCUCGCCCCGCGUACGGUUCGGAGACUUCCAUGAGGGGCGCUACAUCCCACCGCUGAAGAAAUUUGAAGGUUACUCCACGACGAAACACGAGUUUGUUCCGUUGAAGGCAGAGAAAGUGAUCAACUAUAAACCAGAGAACAAGCCGGUAGCCUCCCUGGGUGAGCAGGACCUGACCACCAUAUACAAGCAGGACUUCCUGCCCGUGGAGAAGCCUCUGUGCCGGGCUGAGGAGUAUCUCCUCAAGAAACAACUCAAGAGCAUGAAGAAAAAGGCAGCACAAGCAGCAGCUUAGACUUCAUGCUUGGUUUAAAUCAUUCAUUUAUGUUUACCUUUCACAUUAGACCUCGAAAGGUUUUUAUGGCUGGCAGCUUAAAAUUUUGUUGUACAUGUAUAAAGGCCACCAGUCAAUUUUUAAAAAAACUAUAUUCAAAGGCAUAUAAAGGUAUUGAUAUUGGUUCUUAUAUCCCCAAAUAAAGUCAAUUUUAACUUAAAAGUUUUGAAGUAACAUCAAAGCCGGCCAGUUUCCUACAGUGGAUUCUGGUGUCAAAUUUAACUUAAGUGUAUAAUAUCAUGUACUCAGUCUGAUAGUUGUGAUUAAGGUAUGUAACACACAGAACAAUGUUUACAUGUAACAAUUAAUACAUAUAUUUAAUUGAAAGAAAAUAAGAACAUUGAAUAUAGAUUUGAUGUGUAUAGUUCUAUGUGCACCCUCACCAGUGUGAGUUAUUUUAUAAUAUGUAGCUGUUUGGAUAAGUAUACGUCAAGUUGGUAAGGAAGUGCCCUGAAAUCCUGAGAUGUUAACAUUAAUUUGAUGUGAUGUGUAUAAUCAAGUGCAUUAGUAUACUGAUACCAUACUAGUCUAUAUGACAUGUGCAUAUACAAACUAAAUCUUCCAGAAGGAAUGCUUCUGAGAGGAAAACGAUUUUAUACACCACUAAGGCAAGGAGAAUAAUCUAGAAUUGUGGAAAUAUUUCAACAUUGCUUGAUAUUACGCUGCUGUAAGUUUUUGCUUGCCAUAUAUGAUAAAUGUUUCUUUCUACAGACAACUGUCUACAAUAGAAACAGUUAGCUGCUUUGGUAAAAAUCAGCAGCAGUGACAGCCGACUUUAUGACGCUUUACCACAUUCACUGUGAUUGUCUGUAGACCCAUGACAUGACUUUUGCUGCUCUGUUUUUAAACACUCAUGUCACCAAUGAGGUCAUGUCACAUUAUGUUUAUACAAUAGUGCUAGGUAUAACCCAGUUCUUGGACCCUCAAGUUUAAGAGUGACUAUCUAGAAGUACUUGUAAGUGCAACCAUUGUCAAACACUUUUCCCUGUGGAGCUUUCUGUUUGUAAAGAUGAAGAAAGUUUUGCCAUGCCACUAACUUUCAACUGUCUUCCAAUGCUGCUAUAUUUGAAAGAUAUACUGAGAAAUGAUGUGUAGAUAGUUUUAUAAUUUUCUAAAUUUGUAGCAAUAUUUUAUACCUAUAACCUUGAUGACUAUAUUGUAUGAACUUGGGAUGGGCUUUUGUAUGAAUGAAUAAAAUUCAAAGACUAAUUUUGAAAA